AUGACAGUGAUAGUUAACCAACAAUCUACCGCGCGCAACAAAUGGAUUUCGAGGAUAGUAAUUGCUGCGUUCUUCGCGUUAAUUAUACUGGAUAUGCCGACCAUUUGUAAAUUUCAUAAACACGACGAAUCACCGAGUUACAAGUACUCUAAGAAAGCUAACGAGAUCUAUACGAAUCAACAACAUCAGCAACAUAUACAUUAUGAACAUCAGCACGAUCAUAGCCACGUUCAUAAGCGUUCUACCGCUCCACAGACAAAUAUUUAUCAUAAGGAUCAUAAGGAUAUAAUUUUAAGAGCUGUUGGUUCAACUUUAAUUAUAUCUGCUGCGCCUUUCUUCAUAUUAUUUUUUGUGCCAUUGGACAACACAAAGCAACGUGAAUCGUUGUUGAAAAUUUUACUAAGCUUUGCAUCUGGUGGUUUAUUAGGAGAUGCAUUUCUUCAUUUGAUCCCUCAUGCGCUAGUUCCACAUUCACACGACUCUUCUUCAGAAGAGAAUUUAUAUUCUCAUUCGCAUUCUCACAGCCACAAUGAUGGCGAUGAAUCUGAACAUCACAAACAUCACGACAUGUCUGUUGGUUUGUGUGUAUUAUUGGGGAUAAUUGUAUUUCUAAUAGUAGAAAAGGCAGUACGUAUCAUCAAAGGUGAUCAUAGUCAUUCACAUGUUCAUUCUGCUUCUCAAAAAAAAUUUGAGAAGAAAGAAAAUACAUUAUUAGAGAAGGAAAAAAAAGGAAUCAGUGAAGCAGUUACCAAAACACAGGAGACAGCUGAACUUGAUAUAAAGAUUGCUGGUUAUUUAAACCUAGUUGCAGACUUUCUGCAUAAUUUUACUGAUGGCCUGGCUAUAGGAGCUAGUUAUAUGGCUGGAAAUAGUAUUGGUUAUGUAACAACAUUCACAAUUUUAUUACAUGAGAUCCCACAUGAAAUCGGCGAUUUUGCAAUCUUGAUACAAAGUGGAUAUAGUAAAAAAAAGGCUAUGAUGUUGCAAUUGACAACUGCUAUAGGAGCUUUGUUAGGAACUUUUGUUUCAUUGUUGGCAGAAGGAAUGGGUGACCUUGCAACAAAGUGGAUUCUUCCAUUCACAGCAGGAGGUUUUAUCUAUAUUGCAACUGUUUCUGUAAUACCAGAACUUUUGACUGCCACUAAGCUUUGGCAGUCAGUUAAAGAAAUUCUUGCGCUUCUUUUUGGAGUAUAUAUGAUGGUUCUUAUAGCAAACUAUGAAUAGAAAAACAUGUUUUCUAGGCAUUGUUCUCGUUUAAUUUAUUUCUUUCUUAUGCGUUAUAAUCUCAUAGAAGAAAAUUUCUAUCAUGUAGAAUACAUUGCAAAAGAUUAAUAUAUUUUUUGCAAUCAUACUUUAUAUUAAAGAAGAAAUAUAUAACAUCUUAAUUUCAUGCAGAAACAAAUACCAGUGGAAUGAAUACCAAUACUUUUUAUGGUCACUACAUCUAUUGCGUUUAUUUUAGUUAUUAAAAAAAUAAAUAAGAUUAUAAAAAUAAGUAUUAAAAGAAGAAGAGAGUAAAACAAUUUCCAUACAUCUUUCCUUUUUACGUUGGAAAAAUUUUUAUCUUUUGAAACAAUACCUAUAAGCUAAUAUAAGCAAAUAUAAAAGUUGUCAGAAAUAUAUAUCAAAAGACAAUGUCAUGAUAUUGUAACUAAAAUAAGUUUUGUUAAAAUAUGUAAACUAGGAUCUAUAUUUAAUAAUCGAUGUAAUUUUACGUCGAACAAUGUAAUUACACAUAUAUAUUUGUUCCUACUUAUCAGUUCAUUUAUUUUGUAUGUAAGAUAUAUUAGAAUAAUUUGCUACAGAAUAAUUGUAAGAAAAAGUUAGAUAUAAAAAAUAUGUAUGUUACAUCUUCUAUAAUUUUAUAUAUAAUUCAUAAUUUUAUAUUCAGGAUAAGUUU